CCACAGUGACGGGAGACACCUGCCACAACAUACCGUAAGAUUCGCUGACCCGUUUUCACAUCAACAUAGUUCUUUUAACUGAUCAAAUACCCAUAGAAAACAGUGGUCUUUUUUCGACCCCCUUUGACAGGGUAUCAUUUCCAAGGCCACAGUGAGAGUCCCGGACGACGAGAUAUUCUGGAUUUGUGUCCACUGGUUGUGGGAGAACUAUCAAGUGAUUUUCGUACAAUAAGACAACAUGGCGGAAGAAGAGGACGAACAGUCCCCCGAGAGGGAGUGGGCCUCGGGAACUACUCUACACGGCCCGGCAAAGGUUGUUGACGGUCCCAACUUAGUGGUUCGUCUCCUGUGGCUGGCUCUGUUCCUGGUCAGCCUGGGAAUCGCCACUUAUCUCAUCACCAUGUCGUUUAUCGACUUCUUCAGUUGGGGCACGGUCACGGACGUCAAACUAGAGUUUACCGAUCAGCUGGAGUUCCCUGCUGUCACCAUCUGCAACUUCAACAAGUUUGAGAAAGACUUGUUGUGCAUGGACCAGCGGGCCGUGGAGUACCUCCGUCCUCUGAUCGGGAACGACGCGAUCUGUGAGACCGACAACAGCACGUCUCCCACCCCCGGGCCCACCUACUACCCCAUGUCGCUGGCCGGGAUCACGGCGUACACCGGCUUCCAGAUGGACAGGUACGCUCUGAAGGAAUGCACCUGGAGAGGAGAGACGUGCACCUGGCAGAACUUCACACACGUGUUCGGUGAGUACGGGAACUGUUACGUCUUCAACCAGAAAACGUCCGGCACACCGCUGCAGCAGAUCAUCCCCGGGCAGGGCAACGGUCUGCACAUGGUCCUGGACGUGCACGAGGCCUUCUACACGGAGAACCCUGCCACCGGUGGGUCGUCAGACGUCGGUGUGAAGGUCCACAUCCACCCGCAGGGCGAGCCCGCCAAGAUGGACAUCCAGGGAAUCCCUAUCGGGCCCGGCAGCCACGCGUACAUCGGCAUUUCACAGGUUACGUAUCAGAAUGAAGUCCCGCCGUGGGGCCUGUGCGAGGACCUGGACCUGGAGUACUACGACACCUACACCCUGACAGGCUGUCUGAUGGAGUGUAUGGCGCACUGGGUAGAGAGCGAGUGUGGCUGUACGGCACUGGAGCUCCCAGGAAAUCUGUCCUACUGUGAGCCGCAGCUGAUCGUGGACUGUGUCCUCGGUGUCAAAGACCAGAUCACGACCGGUGUCCUGGCGUGCAACUGCCCCACGCCCUGCCGCAUCCAGACGUUUGAUUACUUCGUGUCGUACGCCGGCUGGCCCAACCACAUCGUGGAGGUGUACCUCGGGGAGGAGAAUAACGUGGACAUGGAGUACAUGCAGAGCAACUGGGCUUCUAUUGACGUAUUCUACGAAGAGCUGAACUUCGAACAGAUAACCCAGAAGAAGGCCAUGACCCCAGGCGACCUGCUAAGUGGUCUCGGUGGUCAGCUCGGGCUGUUUGUGGGUGCCAGUGUGAUCACUAUCAUGGAGUUUGUGGAGUACUUGUUGAAGAGACUGACUUAUUGUUGUAGAAAAAAGAAAAAGAACAAGGUCAGUGCCAGCACCGCCCAGGUCUGGACGGCAGAUAAGGUCGAUCCUCUGGCACUACAAAAAGUCAAUAUGCUGCAGGAAACAAAGAUGUACAAGGAGUAGGCGACGGCAUUUCUCAUUAUACAACUCCAUAAAGUGUUCUUUUAUACCUUACCGGUUAAAACCUGUAAUGGUUUUGAAUGCUUAACGUGUGUAUUUUGUAUCAUACAAUAUAAAAACUUUGUUAUAUUUGGUAGUGGUCAGUCUCGCGGAGUUGUGCAAGAUUUGCGUGUGUUCUUGCAUCAACACUGGGACAAAAAUAUCCGCAAUGUCUAUUUGAAUGCUCGAUGACUGAUUUAUGGUUGAUUAGGUCAAAUAGAAGGCUAUAUGGCAAAACAGGCAAUGUGCUUUUUAUAUUUUAGUCUUAUUUGUAUUUUUUGUGUUGAGAAUUAUUCAGUGACUGAAUCAUUGUACGAUUUUACAACCUAAUAUAUUUAUCGAUUUCAGUGCUUAAAAGGCACUUCAUCUUCGUGAUUUUAACUUAAGGUGACGAGAGGACAUUACAUAUACACGAGACAUCUUGGUAUGAAGUACUAAUGACAUUUAUUGACAAAUGUUGCCAACUUGAGUUAAAACCGCCACGCACAAAAGUACAGACAAACUUACGAAAAAACUUUAACGGAUGGAGUAUUUACGUCACAAAUACCUUUCCGAUAACGUAUUGAUCUCUAUCAUUGUACAAAACUACCA